AUUGUGGGAACAAAGAAACGUGCUAAACAAUUUACGUUUAGAAUUCAAAUCGUUCUCGUAUCGCUUGUAUUUGAUACAUAUAAUACCCACCCACUUGCAAUCACGUUCGUUUUGCUCUAUACUAUAAAUGGAUACAACUCAGAGUAGUUUAUAUAUCUAUCUAUGCUGUGUGUGUAAACGUCUUGUGUGUGUAUGUAUAUAUGAAAGGAAACCGAUCACACACAAUAGGGAGUUCUCUUAUGGCUGUGUGUAAAAAUGAAAUGGGGCAUUGGGUGAAAGUACUCUUGGAACUCGGAGGUCUUAUAUCAGAUCAGUCUGCCAGGAGCAGUUAAGGAUGUGGUUUGUUAUUUUGUUGAGCUCCUGAUGUGAGCCAUUCGAAAAAUAAAAUGCAGUUGACAAGGACGUGGUGUCUACUGUUAGUGGCCAGUUGGACGUUGUUGGCAAUAAUAAGUUUUGUGAAUGCCCUGGAUAAUGGAUUGGCACGAACACCACCAAUGGGGUGGCUCGCUUGGGAAAGGUUUCGCUGCAAUACCGAUUGUAAAAAUGAUCCUGACAAUUGUAUCAGUGAUCGACUUUUUAGAACAAUGGCAGAUAUUGUCGUAUCGGAGGGAUACGCGGAUGCUGGAUACGAAUAUAUUAAUGUAGAUGAUUGUUGGUUGGAAAAGGAUAGGGAUUCAACUGGUCAAUUAGUGCCAGACAGACAAAGAUUUCCAUAUGGAAUGAAGAGUCUGGCAAAUUAUGUGCAUUCGAAAGGAUUGAAAUUUGGAAUUUAUGAGGAUUAUGGAAACUAUACGUGUGCAGGAUAUCCGGGAGUUCUCGGUUACUUGGAGACUGACGCUGCAACAUUCGCAUCCUGGGAUGUUGAUUACGUUAAAUUAGAUGGAUGUUAUGCUCAUCCUAGUGAAAUGGAUAGAGGAUACCCGGAAUUUGGAUUCCAUUUAAAUCGAACUGGAAGGCCAAUGAUUUAUUCCUGCAGUUGGCCUGUUUAUCAAAUUUACGCUGGCAUGCAGCCAGAUUAUAAAGCGAUAAUUCGUCACUGCAAUUUGUGGAGGAAUUUUGAUGAUAUUCAAGAUUCAUGGAAUAGUCUUGAAACAAUUAUUGAUUACUAUGGUAAUAAUCAAGAUGCUAUUGUGCCAAAUGCUGGACCCGGUCAUUGGAACGAUCCUGAUAUGUUAAUUAUUGGAAAUUUUGGUUUAAGUUAUGAGCAAAGUAAAACACAAAUGGCACUAUGGGCAAUACUUGCAGCGCCACUUUUAAUGUCCGUUGAUUUACGAACAAUAAGGCCUGAAUAUAAAUCAAUUUUGCAAAAUAAAAAAAUUAUUGCUGUAGAUCAAGAUCCACUUGGAAUUCAGGGUCGACGAAUUUAUAAGCACAAAGGCAUUGAAAUAUGGGCAAGACCAAUUACACCAGUCGAUCAAUCAUAUUAUUCAUAUGCCAUUGCAUUUUUAAAUAGAAGAACAGACGGAACUCCGUCUGAUGUUUCUGUGACUUUGAAAGAACUCGGUUUGCAAUAUCCCGGUGGCUAUAGAGUCGAGGACUUGUACGAAGACGUUGAUUACGGAAUUCUCACGCCAUUGACAAAAAUUAAAGUCAAAGUUAAUCCGUCAGGAGUUGUAAUUUUAAGAUGUGAUUUGCAAGUUGAUGAUUUAUAUCUUGCCGAUCAAUAUACACCGUACGUGCCUUUAAAUCAAGUUUACAAGGAAAGAAACAGUUUUAAAUAACUUGCCAGUUAAACAAUUAUUAUUAUAGAUUUAUAGCUUCAUUUUUUUUUUUAAAUUUAAUUUUAUUGUUUUUCUACUCGAAAAAAUUAAAAAAAAAAGGAAAAAAGAACUUUUUUUUUUAAAUAAAAAUGUUACCAUGAAUCUUUUUAAGAUAACGUAGAGUACAAUAUUAUAUUUUGUAUGAUGUAUCUUUACGUAUAUGUACAUAUGUGAUACAUAUUAUUUACGAAGUUAUGAAAUUAAAUAAUUAAAAAUACAAGAAA